AUGUUAAGUGAUUUUGUCUAAUUAGAUUAAAUCAGAAAUUAAAAUUUGUAAGAAUAAGGUUAUAUUUGUUAAUCUAAGUUAAAAAAGCCAAUAAAAUAUAAAAAGUGGCUAUUCCUAUUAUUUUUGGCAAUCAUUAUGAGUUUAGUGUCUUUUAUGUGUGUUCAUUUCUAAAAAUAACCAUAACUAGAAAUAGAUAUUUAGAUUAAUAAAGAGAUAAAGAAAGUUCUUUGUUCCAAUAGAUCAUUUGAACGAUUAAGUUAAUCAGAGAGAGAAUAAGAAAUAAAUAUAAAUAAAAUUAAUCAAGAGAUAGAUAAUAGGGAAGAGCAAGGGAAAUAUCUAGAAAAAAAGUAAGAGAAUUAGAUAAAGAAAGAGAAAGAUCUUAUUACAAAUGGAUCAGAUAAAAGAUGUAAUUAUAAAUUGAUUAAUUCAAUUUAACAUAAUUAGUGUUUUGCUAAUGCAUUUAAUAAGAGUCAUCAAUUAUGAUUAUUGCCAAUGAUAAUGAUAUUGAUGUUUAUCAAUUCAAAGAUGGAUAAAUUUAAUUAAUAUAAACACUAAGAGGCCAUAAAUAUGAUGUUGCCACAGGAUAUUUUAUGAAGAAUUCAAAUUACUUUAUAUCUGGAAGCAGUGAUAAUACUAUAUAAUUAUAUGGUAAAUUAAGGAUAAUUUAUGAUAAAUUUAAUAUAAGCUUAAUGGACAUAAAAAUUGGAUUAAUCAUAUAAUAAUAAAUACUAAAAAAGAUCUUAUUGCAUCUGCUAGCGAAGAUGGAACUAUUUUAUUUUCGGAGAAACAACAUAAUUAAUUUAAUCUAACUUAAACAGUAUAAAAUUAAAAGGAAAUAUUAUACCUGCUCAUAAAUUAAGUUUACUAUUAUUUCAUAUUUAAUGUUAAUUUCAACUAUUGGUUCAACUUUAUUUUAUGUGUUGAUAAUCAACUUUUACUUAAUUCAUGUUUAUUUUAAAUACUUUUCCCAAUACAAAAUUAAGAAAAUAAUCACAAGAUUAGAAUACUCUGAAUUAUAAAUUAAUCUAAAUCAAACAUUCUGA